AUGGACAAACUCUCUGGCCUCGCUUCCAAGCUUGGAGGCCACAAGAGCUCUGGCUCUGGCGAUGGAGCUGCCUCCGGCUCGCAAGGCCAGGAAGAUUACGUUGACAAAGGUCUCAACACUGCCGAGAAGAAGUUCGGUGGUGGCAAGGUCGACCCUGAGAAGAUGCGGUCCACCAAUGAAAAGGUCACUGAUACUGGCCGUGAGCAGUUUGAGAAAGCCACUGGAAAGAACGUCCCUUCGAAGAUUUCCAACUAA